AUGGGAAGGAGAAUGAACAGACAGUAUAGGGUAGCGAAAUCAAGCAACAAGAAUCCUGAAGCAGUUUCUGUUCGAAGUAAGCGUCAUGCAAAUAGGAAAAAAGAAGGCGCGAAGAGGAAUCAAAGAACUGCUCCGGUAGCAGGCCAAGCAGAUCUAGCGAUUUCAAAUAAUGGUCCAGUUGUAAAUCGAAAAAGUACUUCUGUUGAAUUCAACUUAUCUCCUGGAAUGUGUGAAUUUCUCCAAGGAAGCAAAAUAAAGCUCGUAGUUAAAAAACGAGGAAAAAAUGGUCUCAUUAAUCUCAUGUUGUUCAAAUUUUAUGGAUCAAUAAAAAGACCCAAAUAUCUAGUUCGUGAUGGUCGCAAGAUAAAUACAUCGGCUGUCGUACAUGAGAAUACUGCUUCUGAAAUAAUAAAUGAAAUUAUCAUUCAUUUAGUCAAAGAAUUAGAAGAAAUAUCCUUUGGUUCGUUAUCGAAAGGUGGAAAUUUUCAACCUCUUGUUAACAAAUAUUCUUUGCUUUAUUUGGAUCGACAAUACAUUUAUCCAUCAUUGGAAGUAAACAAUUCAUCACCUUAUAAACAUUCUGUUUACUAUUGUGGAUUAUGCCAAUUCCACUUAUAUUCAGUUGCUGAGGCUGUCUCUCAUUACUUGUCUCAAAAACAUAUAAACAAUAAAGAGGUACUGAAUUCACUUCAAAAUAUCGAGUCUUUAUCAAAGCCAGUCUUGGAACAGUUAUUUAAAGUCGAUGAGAUCAUAAAAGAAAUAUAUAUUUCCAAUAGAUUGACAAGCAGACAAUAUGAAGCUGGAUCUGAAAUUGCAGUCGCACUUUCUCAAUUUCUACAAAAACAACUUCACGAAAGUUAUUCAGUAGUUCUCUGCGGUUCAUAUUUAUCUAAAUUAGGCACUCUUCGGAGCAACAUUAAUUUGUUAUUAACUAUUCCAUGCGAAUAUUCUCGUGGUUAUGGAUUAUUUCGUGUUAUAAAAGCUCUGAAAAAUAGCACACUAGAGAAAUCUUUCACCGUUCAUUCAGUAAGAUCUGAUUUCGAACGUUCAGAUCCUUCAAUUUAUUGCAUCUUAAAUUCCAUCCCUACUGUUAUCGAAAUCGAUUGUUUGCAUAAAAAACGUGCGACUCAACUUUUGAAUUUGUACUGCCGAGUUUCUUCACAAUUCAGGAUUCUCAAUACUGUUUUUCGUUCGUGGGCGGAAGAUUGUACAUUAACUGAUAUUAAUUUGGGUGGUUUGCCGAAGUUUGCCUUUGAUAUUAUGUUAAUUUAUUAUCUACAGCAGAAGAAGCUACUACCAAAUAUUUUAACUAAAGAUGAAAUAUAUCAUCUAGAUAAUGGCAGUCAUGAAUUAGAGCACCAAAUUAAAAAAAUAAAUUCCGAAUUUAAUAAUGGCUAUAGAACGUGGAAUUUCGGAAAGCUUUGGAUUGAUUUGUUCCGAUUCUACUCUUUUGAGCAUUCUGUUCAUGAAUUGAUACAAAUACGUAGGACAAACAGACAGCAUUCAGAACAAUUCAGUGGGCAACGACUUUCUAUUGAAGAUCCAUUUCGCCCUGGUCAUAUAAUGCAGCCACGAUCACAAAUGUAUAGUUAUUUUUCGAAUUGCUUUCUGUGUACGUACCUGUAUUUUGCUUUACCUCGUACCGAAGGUCACUCGCUUAUACCAUAUUCUGUUGUAUUGCUUGGUAACACCAGUUCACACAAUAUAAAGAGAGAGCCAGACACAACGACGGCUAAAGAAGUGGAGACGAGUUAUGAGCAAAGAAAAGAAAUAAAGAAUGUUAUUGAUUUAUACAAAGAGGUAAGAGGAUUGACAGUGAAUGAAGUACCAGUGAAUGCAGGAGGUAUACGAAAUGUUUCUGACUGCAAGGAGCAUACGAUAGAUGCCAGUGAAUGCAAAAGAUGUUUGAAAGAUGCAGCAAAUUCAAGCUGUAUAUGGAAACAUAAUCAAGAUAUUCAGGAUGUUUCUAUUCAAAAAGAAGAUGGCGUUAAGAAAAACAUUUUACAGAAAGAGAAAAAUCAGAAGGAAAAUCUGUUGGUAUUUCCAAAAUAUGAAGAUUUGAAUGUCCCAGAUUGCUAUUGCAUGUUACCGACUUGUAAUUCGACUUCCUUUUGCCGUUCAUUUUUUUCGAAGAAAAAUAGUGACGAUGUUCAAUUUGAUCAAACUAGUAGUGGUACUAGAACUUCAAAUCUGCAACAAUGCAACUUUUACUCGACUGAACUUUUUGAGGUACUUGAGGAUAUAAUCAAGAUAAGACUAGCAAAUGCUUCAACCUUUCUAAUUAUGUUUGGUGACUAUGAUAAAUCAUCUGUUCGCAGCUCAUGGAAAGCAUUAAGUAGGAAUGAUUAUUAUUAUCCAUGGAUUGUGCAUUGCUUCACUAAUGGAUUGGGUCAUUUGCGUGAUACGUGUCCUAAACUAAUGAUCCCAAAAGCCAAAGAAUUUCCGUCGUUAACGUCUUCUCAAAGGGCUGUUCUCAACUACAUUAUUUUGGCUGUUUUCGGACAAAUGUGCAUAAGUCCUCAUUAUGAGAGUCGCAUGAUAUCAUUAUGUAGCGAACUGGGAAUUCAUCUCAAGAAUUUUUAUCGUCCUGAUUGUCAUAUUACGUUAUUCGGCUCUGCCAAUAAUGGAUUUGGUUUAUUAAGUUCUGAUGUCGAUAUGUGUGUUCGAUUUGAAUCAUGUAUUGAACCUGAAAAUACUGAUAAAGCACGAGAACUGAAAGCGAUUGCUAAAGCAAUCCGUACGAUGCGCAACGUUAAAUCUGUUCGUGAGAUUCUACAUGCUAAAGUACCAAUUGUAAAGUUUAAUUACUAUGAUGAUGGUCAUGAGCAUUUGGAAGCAGACUUAUCACUUUAUAAUGUGCUGGCAUUAGAAAAUACUCGCUUGCUGAAAGCAUACAGUGACAUGGAUGAGCGCAUACAUCAGCUUGGAAUUAUGGCUAAAAUGUGGGCUAAAAAGUGUCGGAUUAGCGAUGCAUCGAAAGGAAAUCUUUCAUCUUAUUCAUUAAUUAUCAUGCUCAUUCACUAUCUACAACGAACAGAUCCACCUGUAGCUCCGUUUCUUCAGCAAAUUUCACCUCAAGGAAAACAGAAACAGUCAAUUAUGAUCGAUGGCUGUGAUGUAUAUUUUUGCAAACUGGAAGAAUUAAAAUGGCAAACCGAAAAUCGAUUGACUGUUGGAGAUUUGUGGCUGGGUUUUCUAGAUUAUUUUGCCACUGGAUUUGAUUUCACGCUAGAAGUUAUUCAAAUUCGGCAGAAAUUACCAUUGAUAAAACUGGACAAAGGUUGGCAACGAAAGCCGAUUGCAGUCGAGGACCCAUUUGAUUUGAAUCAUAAUCUUACGUCCGGUGUUAUUCGUACAAAAAUGGCUUACAUCCAGAAAUCAUUUCAUCGAAGUCGAGAAAUAUUUCAUACAAUAAGAGCUCGACCUGAGCUGCAAGGACCUACUGAAUUUAUCCCGUUUAUUUAUCGCUUGGUUCAAAGUUGUCAUGUUGAUGAUGAGGGUUCCUGCUAUCGGUAUGGACGAUUUCGUCAUUUUUUCAAAGAUCGCUGUCAAAAUUUGAAGCAUCAACUCAGCACAUAUGAGACUAAUACAUCUAGUGUGAGCUUCAACGGAAUUAACGAUGUCACUGUAAAUUAUGAACCAUCCAUGGAACCGAACCGUGGAAGACAUAGCAAAUGUGGUGGAACUCAUGUGAAAUGUGACAGUUCCCAUUCUUUUCAUGCCAUUGGUUAUAAACGGAACGUAUCGGUGGCUCGUUUUUGUUAA